AUGAAGAUUUAUAAUUUUAGUUCAAAUAAUAUUAAUAAAUUAAAAUCGAUAAAUUAUAAUCUAUUAUUUAAUAAAAAAUUAAUAGAAUUAAAACAACCAUAUGGUUCUUUUAAUUUAAAAAAUAAAAUAAAUUUAUUAACAAAUAAUAAUUUACAAUCACAAUCACAAUCACAAUCACAAUCACAAUCACAAUCACAAUCACAAUCACAAUCACAAUCAUUAUUUUUUAAAAAUAGAAAUUUUUCAACAUUAAAUCAAUUUGAAUCAGUUAAUAAUGAUAAUAAUAAUAAAAUAAAAAAAAUAAAAUUAGAAAAUACUCAAGUGCCAACAAAUUUAAAUGAAAACCCAUUAAUAUUAAAAUUACCAUCAGAAUUAAAAGAACAAACUGAAGAAGAAAGACAAAAAGAAAAAGAAAAAGAAAAAGAAGAGAAAGAAAAACAAGAAAAAGAGAAACAAGAAAAAGAAUUACCACCACCAGAAACCCUUUGGGGAGCAGCAGGUAGAAUAUUUUUAAGGUUGUUUGGUAUAUUUUUGAUUUCACUUUAUUUAAUAGUUACAAAUUUUGGUCCAUUCUCUAAUUUAAGAUCAAAUUCAACUUUAAUAUCAACAGUGUUUUUUAAUUGUUUAACAAAAGAAGAUUAUGAAAUUUUUUCAAAGAAAUUAGCAUAUCAAACAAAUGAUUCAAUAGUAGAGAAAUUCAUUGUCCGUUGUUUUUAUUUUAGUUCAUUUUCACGUGUAUCCCUAAUUGAGAGUGGAAUCUAUCAAUAUUGUUUAGACUAUAUAAUGAAACAUAUCAAUAAUUAUCCAGAUAUAGAUUUACCAAUAAAUUCUUUGAGUCCUGCAUUAGUUAAAUCAAAUCCAACCUAUUAUAAUGGUAUUUUAGUUUUAAAAUUUUAUAAAGCAAUCAUUAUGAUUACUCAAGGUUAUAAUAAAAAGUAUGGUUUACCACCAAUUGAAAUUCCUGAUCAAAUAAAAGAAUUUAUUAAUAGUGAUGAUUCUAUUAGUCAAAUAGAACCUACUGCUACUACUUCUACCACUACUACUAGAACAAUGACAACUACUACUAUUACAACUACCACCACCACACUAAAUCAAAAUCAAAUUAAUAGUGCAGUAAAAUCUGAAGAAAAACCAUAUCAUAAUGUAAUUCAAACUUUAAAAUCUACAAAAGAAAUUAGAGAGAGUCAAAAAAAGAGAUUAAUUGAAAAUGUAUUAAUUACUUCAUUGGUAACUUUAGCAUAUAUGUCAUUUAGAGUUAGAAGAAAUAAAUUAACCAAUUGGAUGCCAGUAUUUCGUGGUAAUAGAAAGCUUAAUGUAAAUAGCACCUUAAUAAUCACAGUAUUACUUACAAUUUUAAAUGAUAAAACCAAUAAACAAAUCUUUAAUCUCGAUGCCAAAGAACUCUAUAUUAAAUAUUUUUCAAUAUUUGAACCAAAAGAUUUUGAUAAACAUUUUAAUGCUUGGUACAGAUUUUCAAUUUCCGUGGUUCCAUUAUUAUUUAUUCCAUCAAGAUUUGGUUUAUAUUAUAGAUCAUUUGGUUUCAAACCUACUAAAGAUUUAAAUAAAGAAAAAGAAAAAGAAAAAAAAAACGAAAAUAACAAUAGUGAUUCGUUAUCAAUGGAAUCUGGUUUUAAAAAAUUUAAUGAAAAAGAAGAUUCAAAAUUAAAUAUUAAUAAUGAACAACAAAUUUUAAAAAAUCCUUUUAUUUUUAAAACACCAUUUGAAACUAAACAAGAUUUAGAAAGUCUUAAUAAUAAUAAUAAAAAUAAUAAUGAUGAUAAUAAUAAUAAAAAUAAUAAUUAUAAUAAUAAUGAUAAUAAAGAUAAUAAUAAUAAUAAUAAUAAUAAUAAUAAUAAUAAUAAUAAUAAUAAUAAUAAUAAUAAUAAUAAUACUAAAAAAGAAGAAGAAUUUAUUAAAAAAGAUUCUAAAACUUUAAGAAUUAUUUAUUUUAUGUCAAUAGCACUUUUUUUUUAUGAACUCACAAGUUAUGAUUUUAAUUAUAAAUGUCCAGCUCAGUUAAUUGAUGAAGUACCAGUAUUAUAUAAUUCAGUAUAUUGUCGUUUAACAAAAGAAGAUUAUAAUUUAAUUUCAAAGAAAAUCAUUUAUCAACUUAGUGAUAAGGAUGCAUAUCAUUUUAUAUUCAAAACAUUUGGUGAACAUGCAAUUGUAAGUUCAAAAUUAAUUGAAAGUGACUAUUUAAUGAAACAUAAUCAAUGUGGUAGUAUUGAUUCCCCUUCAACCGAUCCGAAUCAAUAUCCAUCAUGGUAUAAACGUGUUGAAAGAGUAGGCAGAAAAUCAAAUAAUAUAUCAAAUCCAUUUAAAUACUAUGCAGUUACAAACUAUAGUAUUGAUCCAGCUGCAUUCUAUAAAUUAAUCAUUAAACUUACAAUUAAAUAUAGACAAGCUAAUAAUUUACCACCAAUUGAAUUACCUCAACAAUUAAACUAUUUAAAUGGACCAUCAGAUCGUGGUACAGCAGAAUAUUCAAAAUAUUGUACAAAAAAAUCUGAUAUAGUCAUCAUUAGUAGAUUCAUUUCUGCUCUUUAUAAGAGUAGUGAUUACAUUGAAAAAGAGCGUGUAAGAGAGAAACUUUUACUUGAAUUUGCAGGUGGAUAUUUAUUUGGAUAUUUUUUUAUGGUGCUAACAUCAAGAUUUAGAAAACCAAUAUCAAAUAACAAAAUAUAUAGAUUGGCAUACACUCAAGCUGUAAGUAUAUCUAGUGGUAUUUUAUCAAUUGCAAAUCAACAUCAUUUCAAACAAACUUAUGAUGAAAAGGUAAAGAAAAUUUUAAACAAAAUUCCAUUUCCAAGUUUUUUAGUUAAUCCUCAUUUAGAUAGAUCUUGGUUCAUUGUUUCCUCACUCUCAUUAGCUCCAAUACUUUUCAAAGUCAAUUUCCUAUUCCUCACUCCUUUGGUUCUUUAUAGAUUUUUUAGAAAUCUAUAUGGCAGUAAAAUAAAUGAAAGUUUAUCAAGUUGCACAAGAAUAAUAAUUAGUUAUUCAGGUGUUGACGUAGGUGUAGUUGGUUUACAAUUGCUCAUUUAUAAACUAACUAUUGCAUGUGAUAUUAAAUUAGAAGGUUCAUUUGAUCAACUUUGUAAAAUCAAAUUUAAUGGUAAAGAUGAAAAGUAUAACAUUUCAAUAUCAUAUUAUCCCCCAUUAGUUUUAAAUUCAACGAUUUCGAAUUCAUCAAUUGGUGGAAUUUUUACAAUUUUUGGUAAUGAAUUUUAUAAUGAAAUUGAUUUAAUUACAGUUGGUAAAAGUAAAUGUUUAAACUCUACAUUUAUAAAUUCAACAUCGAUUUCAUGUUUUGUAGAACCUUCAAAUUUUAAUAUUAAUCAAACUGAACAACAACAACAAUUUGUUAACAUUACAAUUAAUGGUAAAAUUGGUGGUAAUAGUUUAAUUAACAAUGAAAUCAAAAAUGAAUCCAUAAAGACCAAUAUAAAUUUUAUUUUAUCUAUAAUUUUAUUCUCGACAAUUUUAAUUAUUUAG